UUUAUAGUCAAACUGAUGUUAAUCCUCACAUAUUCUAGUUUGUUGUCACAGAGUGUUUUUUGCUUUAAUUGCAGAGAUCUGAGUACUGCCAGUCUCCGCUACCUCAGCAGCAGGCAAGCCUUGGCUGACAUUGUCAACUUUCAGACUGAAGCAGCAAAGACAAUGGGGCUCACCACAAAUAAAUGGGUUGUGUUUGGUUGCUCUUAUGGUGGCUCCCUUGCAGUGUGGUCGAGAAUAAAACACCCUGACCUGUUUGCUGCAGCAGUGGGCAGCAGUGCACCGAUGCUAGCAAAAGCUAAUUUUUAUGAGUACUUUGAAGGAGUUCAAAGGUCUCUGGACACUCAUAACAGCGAAUGUUUAAAAGCAGUCAAAGAGGCUUUUGAUCAAGUUGUGAAGAUGCUGAAACGUCGGAAAUACUACAGUAAGCUUAAAAGUGAUUUCAUGUAAGUGGAUUGGU